AUGGAGGACCCUAGGAACUACUGCCCCAUGAGCCUCACCUCUGUGCCUGGGAAGAUCAUGGAACAGAUCCUUCUAGAAGCUAUACUAAGGCAUGUGGAGGAUGGUGAGGUGAUUCAAGACAGCCAGCAUGGCUUUGUUCUGGUGACUGCUCAAGCUCUCACUGUGGAAGCACCUGACAAGGAAAUAAAGGUGGCACGAGGGAACGACGUUACUCUCCACUGUCAUUUCAAAACAGAGGCUGCUAUUACCUCAGGAGACCUUGUUGUCUGGAAAAAGAUCAAUAGUCCGAAUGAUGCUGUCACUAGGUAUUUUGAUGGACUUGUACAGUAUGGCGAGGGCUAUGAAAACCGUGUACAGUUUAUUGGUGAUGCAAACAAGGGGGACAUCAGUAUCACCAUCAAUGCAGUGACCAUGGAAGACAAUGGGACGUAUGCAUGCAGCGUUCGCCUAAGGAAUGACCCCCCCAGGGAGGCUGCAAUCUUGACUCUUUUGGUCCUUGUUGCACCAUCCAAGCCAGAAUGCAAGAUUCUGGGGACAGCAGAAUAUGGACAGACAAUCAAUCUGACCUGCAUUUCUCAUGAGGGCUCCCCAAAGCCCAGAUAUACAUGGCAAAGCUUCAAUGUACAAAAUGAGCCCCGUGUACUACAAGCGACAGAAGGGCAACAAAUAACUCUGAAGAACGUCUCAGCAGAUACCUCUGGCUUUUACAUCUGCACUUCAACAAACAUUGUGGGAAAGGAGUUUUGCAACAUGACAGUCAGCAUCGUGCCACCAUCCAUGAACAUAGCUCUCUACGCUGGCAUCAUUGGUGGAGCUAUUGCUGCAAUUGUAGUUAUCGGUAUUUUCGCCUAUUGCUGCUGCUGUCGGGCAGACAAGGACAAGGACUAUGAGAUGACGGAGCGAGAAGAUAGAAAUGAACCUUACAUGGAGACACCUACAAGGACUCGGAGAGCAGAGGAUGAUGUUGAAGAUGAAUGA